AUGAUUUUUACUCUGUUAACUACCCUCUUAUUUUAUGCUUUAGGCUCCGAAACAAAUGACGUUGAGCUAUUUUAAAUAAAGAUUUAGGAUGUUUCAUUCGACUAGAGCACAAAGACUAUUUCUUUAGACGAACAAACAUUAAUAUUUACUAAACAUUUUAGAACUUAUGAAUCUAAAUAUUAAAUUGAAUUAAGCCUCUUAGACAUUUAUAAAAAUCAAUUAAUCAAAAGAGUACAGGUUGGGAACUCUAAUAUGGAAAAUUAUCAACCUUAAAUAAUUCUUAUUAAUAACUUCAUUUAUGUUGUCCACAUCAGUCAAAAUUUAAGUAUUGUUAAAUUAGGCUUGAAGAAAUACGACCUAAACCUAGUGGAACAAUAGGUUGAAUACACAUUUGGAGAUUCCUUAGAAUCCGCUAAAUUUGAUUCAACAAAGAAAUAUAUUGAUCUUACUCCAUUAAAUAAUACUGCUUUUUCUAUAAUCUGGAAGUCUAGAGCUCAACUAGCGAACGAAUAUUAAUGGAAUUACAUCAAAUAUGAUGCUAAAUCCGAUAAAACAACUCCAACACUGACUUUCCAAGAUAGUUAUGAUAUAGCUAUAGCUCAAAAUCUAUUUGGGAUAGUUGGAAUAGCCCAAAUCUUUAAAUCUACAAUAAAUAUAACAAAAAUUGAAAAUGAUAAGAUUAUCGAUGUAAUUUCAUUCUUUUUGAACUCUUAUGCUGAUGAAACGUGGGCAGCUUGUAAUAUUUAUUCAUUACCUGAUGGCGAAUUUAUCUUUUUCCAAAACAAUUAUAACAUGCUUUUCGUUCGUUAUGAUCGAUAUUUUUAAUAGAAGAGUAAUUUUAUGAACCCAUAAAAUUAUUUUUGCGAUGGUUUUAAUUAAAAGUUAGCACUAUUUUAAUAUCAAUAUCAAUUAUUUAUUAUGUCAUAAGGAUAUGAAUUUCUAUGUUUCACUUAGUUUGAUUUUUCAAACUAAAAUUUAAAAAUACUAUAGACUAGGAAAAUCAUAAAGGAAAAAUUUUAGAAUUCACAAUUAUUUUAAAGAAUCGAUCAAAUAGGUUUUAAUAAAUUUUCAAUUAAAUGGUUGAGUAAUAUUAAUUAAGUCUUUGAGUUGAAUGCUUUGAAGUUAGACAUGAAUAGAAAACAAAAUGAAUGUAAACUAAAUUGUAAAUUAUGUGAUCCAUAAUUUAAAUGCUUAACCUGUUAAGAUGGAUUUACCUUUGUAAGUGUCAAUAAUGAGUGUAUUCCAUUAUGUCCUGAUAAUUGUGAUACCUGUAGCGAACCUUCUUAUUGCAUAAAAUGUAAAACUGGAUAUUAAUACUCAUCUGAGAACCUUUGCAUCACUCCUUAAAAUAUUAUCAAUGAAUUAAGGAUAAGCGAUGAAUAACUGCAAAAAGGACAAACUCGAGUCUCAGUAAAGGAUAAUGAAAUUCUUAUCUUGUAUAGUUUAAUUGAAAACUACAAGCAAUCAAAACUUGUUUUAAAAAAGCUUAAUAGCUAAGGAGCCCUAAUCAAAUAAAUUCAAAUUGAAUAACAACAAAAUGAAAUAAUUGAUUUCGAUGUAUCCUCUGCAGACGAAAUUUCAUCUUUUCACAUCCUAAUCAAAUGGUUUACAGCCGAUUCUAUCAUCAAAACCAUAGAUUAUGAAUAUGAUUUUGAAACAAUGGAAGUUUUAAAGGAAAAAAUUCUGAAUAUCAACUCAUAAUUGCUGGUUGGAAAUGACUAAAUACGAGUUGUUCAACUUAGGAAUUAAGAUGUGUACUAUAUAUAUUAUUACUAUCAUCAAGACUAUCGAUAAUAUUUCCUUUGUUCUCUAAGGCUAGAUGAUUAUAGCAAUUAAUAUUGUAGCAUGUAUUAUGAAUAAAUUCAGUAAAUUGAUAUUUAAGUAAGUUAAAAUAUUAUUUAUUUCAAUGCAACUACAUCAAGAGGAAUUUAUUAAAAUAAAAUAGAACAAAGUUAAUAAAGCCAAUAAAAUUUUUAUCCAAAGGAAUUAGAUUAUAAAAAUUUGGUUACAUAUGAUUCAUAUUAAAUUUACUUGGAAUAUGAUGAAUAUUUCAAUAAACAAUUAUUCAUAAAUUUCACUGCCUAAUUCCAAAAUUAGUUACUGUAAAUCUCUUAAUCUACCAGAAAUAUCAAAGAGUUCUCAUCUUAAAAAUUUAGAUAAUAAUAUAUGAUCCUUGUUUGGAUAGGUUUUUAUAAUGUAGAACUUGAAAAUCCUGUGAAUCAAGUUUUUACUUAAAUUGUGGAUCUGCAUACAUAAGAAUUGACUAAUUUUAAGAAUUAGAUAUGUAGUAAAAGUUGCGCUUCUUGUACAGAUCAGGGUUUGUGUCUGGAAUGCAAAAAUAAUAAAUACCAAAUUUAAAGUGGUAAAUGUGUAUUAACUUGUGAAAACAAUUGUGAAUUGUGUGAAGUUGAAAACUAAUGCUUGUAAUGUUCUAAUGGGUUCUAUUUAAAUGAAAAUUUACUAUGCGAUUAAACAUAGGAAUAAGACAUCUAUUAGCAAGAUAAUUUAAUUUUAUCUUAUACUGCAUCAUAUGAUGAUUAAAUCCUAUAAGUCGCAUUAAAAAAAAAUAGUUCAAGAUACGAUGUCGUUUUUGAAGCUUACAAUAGAUAAGGAUAAUCAAAAUCUGGAGAAACCAGGAUUUCAAGUGAUUAAGAUAUUGUCUUAUUUAAUCGUCCUAAAGUCCUUAAAGUUAAUAAUUAGAUUGUCAUCUAAUACGUAACAAAAAAUCAAAAUUAAGAAAAUGUUGGAUAAUUUGUUUUCUUGGAUGAUGAAUAUCUUUCCAUUUAUAGUUUUUCAACUUCUGCAUUAUUUGGUAAUGAAGAUGUUAUAGAUUUCAUUUCAACUGAUGAUCUCAAAAUCCAUAUUUUAUACUUUUAAUAUUCAUAUUAUUAUUGGGAAGGAGAAUAAAUUAUUUUAAGAUAUGACUAAUAUUCAAUGAAAAAAAUUGGAAAUCCCAAACUUACUGCUUACUAAAGUCGUGUUAUAAGUAGAAUUGAUAAGUAAUAAAAAGUUAGAAAUAUAUAAAUUAUGAAAAACUUACUAUUGUAAAAACUAACUGCAUCAUAUAUGUACACUGAAGAUAAAGUAGAAUCGUUCAAGGUAAUGUAUAUAAAUGAAGCAUUGGAUUAUUUUUGGUUGGAUACAUAGGAGAAAUUUGAAUAUUAUUUUAAUGACUAUUUAGUGUGGAUGGUGUCUUAUGAAAAAGUGAAUUCAAAUUUAGUCAAAGUUAAAUUUUACAAUUAAAAUCAAGAAUUAUAAUAAGAACACACAAUUGAGUCCUAAAAGUAAUUAAAUUCGUUUUAAAUAUAAUUAUAGCCUAAGUUCAUUUAUUUCAUUUACACAGAGCAAUCAACAACUACAAGUAGUAUGAAUAUUUAAGUGAUAAAAUACUCAUUAAAUGGAGAGCAGUUAACAUCAAGAUCAUUAUAUCACAAUGAACUGAUUAUUUAAGGAUUAUCAUCUUCAUUAAAUGACGAUUUGCUAUAUCUAACUUGGUCAUCCUUUAAUAAUAAUAGAAUAUUCAAGGUAAGAUUUAACUCAGAAUUGAACACUAUUCCUUUCGUUGAAUAGACAUGCAAUACUAAUUGCGAGAUUUGUGAUAGUAAUUUAAUUUGUACUCAGUGUGCUUCUGAUUACUAAUACAAUGAAUUAACUAAGAAAUGUGAACCAAUAUGCGCUGAAAAUUGCUUUUCAUGUAAAUAACCCUAUACUUGUGAUUAUUGUAAUGGUAACUCAAAAUUCAUCAAUAAUAAAUGCAGAAGUCUUUCUGACCUUAAAUUGGAAACCCCAAUUUGUUAAGACUCCUGUUAUGGCUUGCCAUCAAUAAUAACCUUUUCAGAUGAAACCACAAUAUAUUCAUAUCAAAAAUAUGAAAAUUCACAAUACAAGAUAAAUCUUAAUAUAAAGUACCAAACUCAGACUAGUUUAUUAUAAGACUAAAAUCUCUUAAGUCAAGAUCAGGAAAUUGCUUAUCAUUAUUUAUAUUUAUAUGAAUAGAAUCAAAUAGCCUUAAUUUGGUUGAGUGGAAAUUGUUAAAUCUAAUGCAGACUCAUGUUACAAUUAUUCUAAAAAGAUUUAUAAGUUCUUUCCAAUCCAUAUGAAUUGAGAAUAAUGAAAGUGAAAGUUAAUAAUUUUAAUUUGCAAAUAUAAAAGUUCAAUAACAAUAUGCUAUUAUUAUGGACAGAAUUAGAUGUGAAUGAUAAGAGUUAAACGAUGCUAGGGGAAUACAGUAUGACUAACGGAUUUUCACUUAAAUUCAACAUAAACUAAAAUGAAAAUGAUGAUUCCUCAUUUGCAAGUUUAUUAAUUUAGAGUGGCUAUUAUUAGAUAAUAUACCUUAAAAAUAAUUUGAUAAUAAAUUCAUUGACAGUGGAUGGGUCUACAAACACUUAUAAAGUAAUUUAUACAUCUAAAAGACCAAUCACAUCGUUGGCUGCUACAAAUUUACAAUAUUAUGGUAUUUUUAUGGUUUGGGUUGAACAAGAAUAAAUUGGACUUUAUUUAUCAUAUAAUUACUUAGUUUCAUAAUGGUUUGAUCAAAAUUUAAAUGCUAGAGGUUCUUAAAUCAAUUUACUAAAAAGUGUUUAAUAAAUUAAAUAAUUGGCUCUCUCUAAUUCAUUAAUUUAUGAUUAAUGCUUCUUGUCAUUUUUAAUUGAAGAAUUUAAUGGUUAAUAUAGAAUUAGAUAUAAAUAUUAUAGCUAUUAUGACUCUUAUGCGGAUUAAAAAUUAGAGAAUUUUAAGAUUGGAAAUGCUUUAUCAUAAUAUGCAUUUGAUUAUGGCUACAGGAUUUAUAAAUAGCCAAACUCAUUAAGUUUGAUAUUUUCAGGUUUUAUUGGUUCAUCUCAGUAAUUAUUCUUUUUAAAUGACGAACAAUAACCAACGCUUAUAGGUAAUUGCUUCUAAAGAAAUAGUAAACAGGAAUGUGUAUUGUGUAGACAAGGGUAUUAUUUGUUUGAAAAUGAAUGUGAAUUAGAAUUGCCCUAGCAUUGUAUUGAUGGCAACGAUGGAAUCUGUGAAGUAUGCGAUUUAGGAUACAAAUUGACUAGUGAUCAUAUCUGCUCAUUAGAUGAUUAAAGAUACAAAGAAAUGAAAAUGAAUGCUUAUGUCUUGUAGAGUAAAUAAAGAAUUACCACAUUUAAGAAUGGUGACUAUGUAACUGUUUGGUAUAGACAAUACUAUGAAAAUCAAGGAACAGGUGUGUUUAUGUCUAUGUUCAAUGCACAUGGUAAGAAAAUAUUGGAAGAGAAGAGAAUUAGUUUAUCAUUUGCAGGAAUUCAAAUCUAUCCUGAUGUUUAGGCUUUAGACAAUGAUUAAUUUUGUGCUGUUUGGAUUGAAGGAGAUUUAUAAGUGUCAGCUAAGAUCAAACUUCAAAGAUUUACAAAAGACUUAGUUAGAGUUGGUGAUGAAAUCAUAGUCAAGGAAAAUGUUUAAUUAAAACAUGCAUAAAGAUUUGACACACCAAUAAUGAUAUAAUCUAUAGUUAAUGGAUAUGUAAUUGUGUGGACCCAAAAUUAUUUGGAAUCAAAUAGAAUUGUAGAAAAACUUCAUGUUGUCUUUUAUGAUUUACAAGAUAAAUAAUAAGGUUUCUUUGUUUUGAACAAAUAAGAAUCAAUUAUAAAUUCUGAACCUGUUGUUGCAUCAAAUGAUCAAAUAAUUGUAAUUGUAUGGCAAUCAGAUUUUGGAAUCAUAGCAAGCAAAUUUAGUCUUAACUAUGUUUUUAUUAGUUAAUAGAUCCUAUCAGAAAAUGGCCAAGCUCCUACAAUAGGUGUUUUAAGUGAUAAUAAAUUCAUUAUUGCAUGGAGAGAAACCUUUGUUAAUAGCAAUGAUAUCAUGAGUCAAAAUAUUAUGUAUAGAAAAUACUCUUCUAACUUGAAUAACUGGGAAUUUAGUAAUUAGAUCAUAAUUCCAGACCAUAACUUGAAUAAUCCUGAUGUUCUGGCUACACUCAAAGGAUUUGCCAUCAUUUUUGAAAACAGACAUGCAAUGAUGAGUGAUUUAAGGAAUCUUAAAAUGUAAUUAUUUAAUCUAGAUGGAUAUUAAAUUACACAGAUCAUCGAUGUUUACAAUGAAUGGAAUCUAUAUCCCCAUCAUCCUUAAUUAACAUAGCUACCUUAAGGUGAAUUCCUGGUUUCAUGGACUCUGAGUUUGUUAUAAGAAGCAAGCUUUUAGGAUGAUUUAUACAUGAAGAGAUAUAACAGUGAAGGAAUUUAAUUACCAAUGGAUACUGUUGUUUGUCCAUAGAAUUGUUUACAAUGCAAUGAAAGUGAUGUUUGCCUAGUUUGCCUAAAGGAUUAUGUUCUUAACAAUAAAGUCUGCGUUGAAUCAAUUCCUCAUUGCACAGCAUAUUUAGCAAAUAGUGUGGAAUUAGUUUGUUAAACUUGUGAAGCAGAAUAUUAGUUGACUCAAAACAUUUGUUUCUAAGUAAGUAAAUUAAAAUAACUCAAUGUUGAAUUCAUAAACGAAAUCACUUCCUAAUUUGCUAUUGUCAAAUUUACAAACAGUGACAUUUUAUUCGUUUGGGUGGAUAUAGACAAAUUAAUGUUCUAAAGGUUUGAUCAAUAUGGUAAAUAAUAUUAUCCAGCAAAAUUCUCUUUUAAAUCAACCAUGAAUCAACCUGAUUAAACUCCAGCAUUUGAUGCUUGUGAGGUUGAAAAUAACUACUUUGUUUUUGCCAUGUCAAAUUUUCAAAAUAUAAAUUUUUUGAUUUAUGAUAACACUGAAACACUUUAAUUUUAAACCAUGUACUAAAUAAACUAAAAUAAUAACUUCUAAAUUUAGUCCUUAGUUUUGAAAUAUUUGGGAAAUAAUUAAAUAGCAAUGUUCUUUUAAGGAUUUGACUAAUACAAUUAAGCAUAAUUAUUUAUGUAGAUUUUUAAGAUUAACCAAUAAAAUGGAGUUAACUACGAAUUAUAAAGUUAAAUAUUAGUUCUUUAAAUGUAAUAAUAAUUAUAAUCUUAAUUAAUUGAUGUUUAAAUUAUUAACAAUUAAAUUAAAAUAUGCAUUGAAAAUGUCGAAAAAUCAGAAAUAAGAUACAUUUACAAAAUCUAUGAUUUCUUUGGCAAUUUAGUAAAAACAAUUACAAAGAAGAAUGACAACACUUAAGUAGAAUUCAAGAUGAUGGAAUUAUCAGAUGGAUCAUUCCUUGAAGUGUGGACUGAAAUUAGUUAUUCUAAAUAUGAAGUAUAUUAUGUUGUAAAGGCAAAUAACAACAAUUUAUUUGAACCCAAGAAAUUGUCUACAAGUUCAGAAUUAUAUAAGCUUGAUCUAAAGACUCAUAUGUUGAGUGAUUCAAUAGCAGUUAUUUGGAGAGAAGGUUCUUACAAAGGAGACAUGACAGCUAAUACAAUUUACAAGACUGUUUUAAUAUCCAAAGAAGACUAUCAGAAAACUACUAAUCCACAAUAGUUGAACUCAGACAGUUUUGUUAAGCAAGGAGUGGACAACUUUUUGCGAAUAAUCUAAUUGCCAAAUUAAGAUAUCGUGAUUGGAUGGAUUUCUUAUAAUUUCUAGGCUAAAUCAAAUGCCAUCUCUGCUAUUAAGUUAAAUUAAAUAGGCGAAAUCUUAGAGUUUAGUUAAUAUAGAUGCUCAAAUGGAUGCUAAGAGUGCACAAACCUAGGUAAAUGUAUAAAGUGCUACAAUGAAGAAAAAUAUAUAUUAAAUGCGAUGGGAAAUUGCAUUAUUAAGUAGGGAAAUUGCCAAAACUUUUAGACUGAUUGUUUUCAUUGUUUGGAGGGAUAUUAUAAGGACAGAUACAAUCAAUGUAAUGAAAUAAAAUAAAAUGUGGAAAUAGAUUUUAUAGAUGUUCCUGCCUUUUAAUACAAUCUUUAUCAAAUAGCAAACUAUAAAAAUGGUACUUUCAUUUUGGCCUAAAGAAAUUCAGAAACAUCAUUAGGAGUUAGAGUAAUCAAUUAAGAAGGGACUUUAGUAAGGGAGUAUUAGAUGAUCCUUGAAAUGUCUUCAGAAGAAGCAUAUGGGAUAACUAUACUUUACUUUUAAAUUAUUAUUGAUGAUUAAGAUGUUUUGACUUUUGUUUAUAUCACAGGCAACUCAAAUUAGCAGUACUUUUCAAAUUAAGUAAUUGAACAAUAUGAUAAUCAAUUAAACAGAAUUGGGGAGAGAAAAAUGAUUCUUUUGAAUACAUAUUCAUAUAUGUACUCUUCUCCUAUAAAGUUCAUUCUCUAAUAUCUAAAAAAUAAUUUAAUUGGAAUAGCAUUACAAUUAGAUCAAAGAGUAUUUUUUAGUUUGUAUAAAUCUGAUCUUAGUGAAUUAAUUGGAAACAUUAUAAUCCCAAAUAAAGAAAAAUUUGAAUUUGCAUCAAAUGGAGAGCAUAUUGUCUAUGGGUAUAUAGAAAAUUAAUGUGACGUGCAAUUUUAACCGUGCACUGUGAUAAAAAUUUAUGAUAAAUAAUUAAGGUUUAUGAAGGACAUACAAAUAAACGAUGCACAAUAUGUUAAAAUUGCUAUUAAUGAUCAAUUAUAAUUUAUAGUACUUACCCAAUCCUAAAUAAAUAUCAUAGACAAGGCAUAAUUAGUUAAAUCUAACCUUAUAAAUUAAUAAAUGACACUUCCAAUUUCAACUUUUGUUAAUUCAAACAACGAAUUAGUGAUCUUUUCUUUUGAUUAAAAAAAUACAUACACUUUAUAGUUAACAUAUUUUAGUUUUGAUGGAUCAGCAAAAAGAGAAGUCUAGGUUAAUAUGAAAAACAUAGAAUCUGUAAUCUAUGGGCUAUUUUAUCUUCAAAAUACAGAUAUUAUCAUUCUUUUUUCUGCGAUCACAAUUGACCCUAUUAAUUUUGGAAGCAAAGCUCUAAUAAGACUAGCAAGAUUUGAUUAAUUUGGAGCCUCUUAAAGUACAACUUAAAUCAUAUGUCCUUAAAAUUGCGAGUUAUGCUACCAGGAAGCUACAUGUAACAUCUGCAAACCUGGAUACAAUAGGAAUGAACAAACUUUAUUAUGUGAGAAAAUCUGUACUAUUGAAGGUUGCCAGUCAUGUGAGAAUUCUGAUUGUGAUGUUUGUAAGGACGGAAUGUUCUUUAGUUUUGAUGGACGUUGUGUAGCACUCGUUUAAGAUCCAUCUACCGAUGCAAAUGUGAGAUAUACUAUUGAUAAGCAAUUUUAUUAGGAGAUUAGGAAGAAGGUGCUAAAAUUCUCAAAUAAUGAAUUUGCUUUGAUAUAUUAGGCUAAUGAUUUUGUAAGAUAUUAAAGAUUCAAUGCAUAAGGAUAGGAAUUGCUGCUUUCUGAUUUCAAUGUAAACGCUUAGAUCGUAUCCUUGGAUGCUGCAAUUGUCAAAGGUCAAAUUUAUAUUGUAAUAGUCACUAGUUUAGAGCCAUAAAGUUAUUAGAUUUAUUCUUUCAUCGAGACACUCAAAUCAUUUAAACCACUCCUUACCAAUUAACUUCCAUAUCAAAUUACCUCUGCAACUAUCAAAGCCUUUUCAUCAAGCUAUGUUAUUCUAGUUACCUCAUACGAUAAUUAUUAUUUUGAUUUCGCAUACAUGCAAUGUUUAACUCAAUCCCUCUACUUCUAUGAUGAAUUCAACUAAAUAAAGGAUUCCAAAAUCAAUUUCAAUAAUCCAGUACCCUUUACAUAUGGAGAUUGCAAUAUCAAUAAAAUAAGUAACCUUUACAUUUUUUCAGACAUCCUCUAUACAAUAAUUACCAGUUAAACAUAUUUAAGAAUAAUUGCGCUGAAUUCUUAAGGUUAAAAUUUUGGUGAAAAUCCAUUAGACAUACCAAAUAUAGAAUAGAUUGAAUUCACCUUAGAUUCCGAAGAGAUUGUAAUUCUUUUCAAAUAAAUUGGAACAUAAGCUUGGAACCUAAGGAUCAUGAAUACUCAAUUUUAGGCCCUAUUUAAUAAGGACAAUUAUCUAAAAGGUGAUUUAAGUGUUGACAUGGUGACAACAAACUCAAAUAUUGUUAUAGCUUGGAGUCAGAAGAACAAAUAAUCAAUAGUGGAGUUUGUAGUGUUAGAUAGAUUGGGAACCAAAAUCAAAUCUAAUUAUAUUAAUGGACAAUACAGUUCACUACCAUAGUUGACUGAAUUAGACAAUCAAAUUGUUUGCUUGCUUUGGAGUGUGUGGACUAAUCAAUAACAAUGGACCGUAUCAUAUUCUCUAUUAGAUAAAAAUGGUGUGUUCACUCCAUUCACACAUGUUGUUUGUCCUUAGUAUUGCUUGUAAUGCAGUGAGUCAUCAGAUUGCUCAUAAUGUAAAGAUGGAUAUGAUCUAAUGACCUAUUAUAUGGAUGAUAAAACAACACAUAGGGUAUGCUAAAAAAGAUGUGACCCCUUCUGUUUAGCUUGCGAAUCAGGAAGAUGUUUGAGAUGCUAAACAUAGUAUUAUGUUGGUUUGGAUGGAGUUUGCAUAUGGAAUGAAUUUGAAAAUAAGGCUAUUCAAAUCAAUGAGUUUAAUUAGUAUAGUUAAGUUACACCAAGUGCAGCUAAGUUUUAAGAUGGUUCAAUUUUGAUGGCUUGGUCGAGUAAUAAUGAAGAUGAGGAUAGUUGGGGAGUGUUUGCUUAAUUGUUAAAUAAUCAGGGAUAGAAGGUUGGAAACAAUUUUAGAGUGAGUUAAAGUGUCUUUGGUGCAUAACAUAGUCCAUAAGUGGCAGUGCUAGAGGAUGACACAGCAAUCAUUACAUUUAUUGAGGGUAAUCCAGAAAAGGAAGCCAUGAUUAAAGGAAUCAGAUUUAAUAAUCAUCUAGACAUUAUAGGGAAUGAGCAACUGUUUACUAUUUUCCAUUUAGAGAAUUUCUAAUUGAACAAUAAUUUCAUCAAUAAGAUAGUAAGUUUAAAAAAUGGUGGAUUUGUUAUUAUAUGGGUGUCUAUUAAUCAAAUCAAUCUUCAAUUCUAUGAUUCUGCCAGCAAUCUCGUGAUUUAGACAUAAAUAUUGAAUUAGAUGUAGUAUUAGAGUUUGGAAGUGGCUGUGACAACUACUGAAUUAGCUAUUCUAUAUUAAAUUGCUGGCUCUAAAUAUAGUGUAUGCAUCUACUCAUAGGAGGGAGUCUUGUUAUCUGAUUAAGAAUUGUAAGGUUGGGAUAAUGAUCUAAUUAAUCAAUUUAAAUUGAUUAGCAUUUCUCAUUACUUUGCUUUGGCUAGUAUUAUCCAGGUUUCUGACUCUUAGAAAGUCAAAGUGCAAUUUUACAACAAUUAGUUCUCUCCAGUUGGUAAUUCAAUCAUUGUGGCUUAUAAUUCUUUUAACCCAAACUAGAAAUAUGCCUACUUCUAAAAGAUAGAUUUCUUCAGUUUAAAUGAUGGGGCGUUGUUGAUUUUGGCUGAAAGCAUGGAUUUGGCUUUGUAUCGUUAAUUUUAUAUUGAUAUCAACUGGUAAGUGACUGAAUUACUGCCAUUCGGAUUCAACUUCUAAUACUAAUUCAUUGCCUACCAAACAAAAUUGUAUGUGUUAUCAAAUAUCAAUGCUGAUCAGUAUUUCAUUUAUUGUAAUGCUCCUUCAUAAAAUGAUCAAAUAUAUUCAACAAGUUCUGUCAAUUAGAACAUCUAUAUCUAAAGAUUAUCGAAGGAACCAAAAAUAGUUCCAAUUGAUUAGAUCGUUUGUUCUAGAGAUUGUAGAUCAUGCGCUACUUAAAACACUUGUACCCAAUGUUUGGACUAAUAUUUACUGUAGGAUCAAUUUUGUAUGCCAUAAUGUGAAAGUAACUGUCAAGUUUGUUUGAUACCAAAGAUUUGUGAAAUUUGUUAUGAUGGAUACUAUUAGAGAGUACAAGGUAAAUGCUCACCAAUUCCAGUCAAUUAUCAAGAACCCCAACUUCUGCUGAAUUAUCCGUUCUAAAACAAUCUGAUUGAUUUGAAUGUAUUGCCUAGUGGAUAAACAAUUCUUUACACUUAGUAGACCUUAUUUGAUCAAUAAAAAGAAAUAUUCACUCUUUACAUUUACUAAAACAAUGAUUUGAUUAAGCAGAUUUCGGUUUAAACGAACACAUUAACAACCAAUUAUUACUUUAUAUAUCCAUUUUACAUUGAAGAGAAUUAUUACUUGCUGUUCCAUAUGAAUGAUGGCAUUAAGAUUAUUAAGUAUAAUGCCCAGCAAGAGGAAGUGUUAAACACUUUCUUGAAAAUAGAAACUAUUGAUACAGAAAUCAACAUUUGGAAUAUCAUUUUAAAUCCAAUUGGAAUUAAUCAAUAUUCCCUGAUCUAUUACAAGAUGUUCUUCGGAGUAUAUAGAGUGUUGUAUGAUGAAGCAUUCAAUGUGAUUCAAAAAGAAUAGAUCUAUGAUUGCAGUUCAGGUUGGUAUGGUUUCAACAGAAUCAAGGAUUCGAUCAUGUUAUCUAGAUAUGAUGAAAGAUUAACAUUUACUAAUUCACUAACCAUUUAACAAACAAAAUAAGUUUGCCUGUAUUCGGAAAUAUUCCAUUACUAUUCUUGUGAUAUUUACUAACUGUUUAAUGGCAAUAAGAUUUAAAUUAUUUCAGGAACCCAAAAUCUUAAGUAUGAUAGUAACAAUGAUCUUGAAUCAAACUAUCAGGUGUAUUAUAGAAUACUCGAUAGCUAAGAUAUACCCUUAACAACUGAAGCCUUGGUGUUAGAGAACAAAUUUUCCAAUCAACAAUUUGCUUAGUUAUUUGCAUUUUAAGAUUCAUUCACAAUAAUAAUCGAAAAGCCAAACUAUCAUAAUUACGAAAACAUUGAAAUAUAUUCAUAGAGAUUCGACAAUGCCGGUAUGAAAAUUGGAGAUCCACAAUUUGUUCUAUUCAAUAAAGGAUGGCAGAAAAGAUUCUAUAAGCAAACUUCAAAUGGAUACAUAAUUUACCAAGAGUAAAGAAUAUUCUAAUCAAGUCUUCCAGUAGACUAACAAUAAGUAACCAUUUAUUAUAAACAAUAUGACUAAUUCGGUAAUAUUUCAUUUUGGAGCACAAAUAAGAACUGCAUAGCCAAUUGUGAUAAGUGUAUCAACUCCUAUUACUGUGAAUAAUGCAGUCAAAAUUACUAAUUGGAUACGAACAGCAAAUGUAAAUUAACAUGUCAAGACAAUUGUAAUCAAUGUACCAGUUUUGAAGUUUGUGACGCUUGUAACAUCGGAUAUAAAUUAGUAAGUGGACUAUGCGUUAAAAUUAUUUGUGUUAGUAAUUGUGCAUAAUGCUUAGAAGACACCACCACUACAACAACAACCUAUUGUAAAUUGUGUGACGAUAAUUACUAUCUCAGCACUGAUAAUUAAUAAUGUCUUCCUCAUUGUCCUGCUAAUUGCAGUCAAUGCAGUGUUCCUCUUGAAUGCUAAACUUGUGCUUUCGGUUAUGUAGUAACAUCAGACAAAAAGUGCCAAUAAGAAAACUCAUCAAUACUAGAUUAAAUCAAAAAUACCACUGUGGGAACACCCCUUAUGGCUACAUUCCCAGAUGGCAGCUACAUCCUUAUGUGGUACUAAAAUGGAGAUAAUGCUGGUGUCUAUUUCUAAUUGUAUUCUGCCGAUAAUGUAAAGGUUGGAGACCCAAUGAAAGUUACUGGAAAUGCUAGAAGAUUGUUAAGUCAACAAUCCAUCAUCUAAAACUUUUAUGCAGACAUAAUUUCAAUUGAUUAUGAAUUCUUUGUUACUUGGAUGGAUGCCUCUUCGGCCGCAACCGACGUUAAAUUGAAGAAGUUUUCCUCUGAUGGAACUGCUUAAAGCCAAGAUAUUCUAUUGGGAACUCAUUAAAAAACAGAUUUACAAGACAUUAAAAUACCUUGUCAAAUUAAAAAGACUCCAAACAAUUCUUUAUUGAUUGCUUAUAUGGCCAAAAACGAUAAUUUAUCUAAUGAAUUCUCCAUGUUCAUUUCAUCAUAUGACUCCCUCAUGAAUAGUAAGACAGCAGUUCAGGAAAUUAAAAAGGUUAACUAAUUAGCUGCUCCAUCUAUUGUGGCCGAUGAAAAUGGAAUAAUCUCCUUAACUUAUUAAAGUGAUGGCUAUGUCUUUGUUCAAUAAAUCACUGAAGAUGGCAACUUGAUUGAUUCUCCAAAAGCAAUCGCCGACUCUAAUUCCAUCAAUUUAAGAGUUACUAACUUGGCCAAUGGAAUCAUGGUGUUUUUAUGGGAAAACAAAAACCUAUAGUUAUCCUAACCUCAAUUCAUCUUGAAUUACUAAUUGAUAUCUAAGGAUCUAAAAACAAGAAGUGAGGUUAAGAGUGUUGGUGACAUCUAGAUUGCUUCCUUGACUCCAGAUAUCUAAUCAUUUAAUGAAGGAUUUAUAGUCGCCUGGAAGAUCACUGACUCCAAUUAUAAAUCAAUUGGAAUUGAAUUUUAGAUCUUCGAUUCCAUGGGUAUGUCUAGUAGUCAAAUCAUUGAAGUUUAAAUCGAAGGCAUUUAUCCUCAAACCCCAAGGAUAUAAAUUAUCAAUGAAAAUCAAUUUGCCGUGACUUGGACAGCCAAAAAUAUUGAUUCUGAUGGAACAAUUCUAGGGGAUGGCAUUUUUAUGUAAAAAUACAAUAAAUAUGGAACCUUAAUUACAGAUUCAUCUUCCUCUUCUGAUCUUUGCAGUUAUUAAUGUCAAAGUUGUCAAUCACCUCUGGUUUGUUUGAAAUGUUAAUACGGUUUCUAUUUGAACAAAAACAAUUAAUGUAUUAUGGAUUGUGGUGCUUACUGUGAUUCUUGUGAAAUCCCUUGGACAUGUUAGGUCUGUAAGUAAGGCUAUAAAUUAAAUAACAAUGAAGCUUGCAUUGAAACUGAAUGUCCCGAAGGCUACUUUAGAAAUACAUCUACUAAACUUUGUGAACCAAAGUGUCCUGAUAACUGCGAUGACUGCACAGUUCCAAAUAUUUGCACUACUUGUAAGAUUGGAUAUUCACUAUCUGAUUCUUCUUGUAACUCAAUUGUGGAACUUGAUAAUUAAUCUACAAUCAUGGCUAUUGUGAUUAUUAUCUUGGCAGCUGCAUUCAUAAGUGUGUCAGCUUGUUCAAUCACCUUGUAUUGCAAAUAUAAAAAAUUGCUCAAAGAACCAAGCUAUUGCCAAGUACAUCCCGUCUAAGAAGUAAAUAAGAGUGUUAGUAAUGUAAGCUGCAAUGUCAGUGUCAUUAGAUUGAGACAAAAUGAAUGAAUGAUAUAUUUUUUCACAUUGC